CUCCACAGCCCCGAUCGCGUCAUCGGGGCUAGUCGGGGCUGCCGGCCGACGGGAUACCGGGCAGUUUUUCACUCUUCAAUGCUCUUGCAGGCACGGGAGCUCACAGGAGGAUCAAAUUCAGGUCGUCUUUCAAUAUUUGGUGUUGUCAAAAGGUUCAGGCUGUUCCCAGAGCAGCGACUACUACCAAGACUAGAACAACCGCUGCUCCCAGCUGUCCUCGCCUUGGCCCGGGUCGGAGGCAGGGCCCCACUCCCGGCGGCGGCCACGAUGGUGUGUUCCAUUGUGCUUCUAGCCUAGCCUAGUCUACGGGUCUUGGAGAAUUUCGAUGGAGAAUUUCGAUGGAGACUAACGACUGGACUCGUUGAGCAGAAUAUUCUGAUAUAUAGUAUCACUCGACGCCUGGCUUGUUCCAACCCCAACAUCCCUCAUCUUCACAUUAACGCCCAUUAUGAGUCUCCCCUCACGCCUGUCCGGCGAGAACAAGGACGACAUGGUCGUCUCUGACGGCACUGGCGCCGGCACCGACAUUGAGGAUGGCCGCCUCGAGGCUGCGCGCGAGGCCAAGCGGACCAUUGGCAUCACCACCGCCGCCUUCCUCAUCUUCAACCGCGUCAUCGGCACGGGCAUCUUCGCGACGCCCAGCGCCAUCCUCUCCCUCAGCGGCUCCGUCGGUCUCUCCCUCAUCAUGUGGCUCGUGGGCGGUCUCAUCGCCGCCGCCGGCACCGCCGUCUACGUCGAGUUCGGCACGGGCAUCCCCAAGAACGGCGGCGAGAAGAACAUUCUCGAGUACGUCUUCCGCAAGCCCAAGUUCCUCACCACCUCGCUCUACGCCGGCUACGUUAUCCUCCUCGGCUGGGCGGCCGGCAACUCAGUCGUCUUUGGCGAGUACAUCCUCCUCGCUGCCCGCGUCGAGCCUACGCAGUGGAACGGGCGUGGUCUCGGCAUCGCCUGUAUCACCAUCGCCUUUGUCAUCCACGGCACCGCCCUGAAGUGGGGAAUCCUCCUCCAGAACGUGCUCGGCACCAUCAAGCUCGCCAUCAUCCUGAUCAUCAUCGUCGCCCCCCUCGCCAAGCUCGACAAGACGACGGACAACCUCCAGAACGCCUUUGAGGGCACCUCGGGCAGCCCCUACGGCGUCGUCACCUCGCUCAACAACGUCAUCUGGAGCUACGUCGGCUACAGCAACGCCAACUACGCCCUCAGCGAGACCAAGAACCCCGUCCGCACCCUCAAGAUCGCCGCGCCUCUCGCCAUCGGCAGCGUCUCCGUCCUCUACAUGCUCGUCAACAUCUCCUACUUUGCCGGCGUCCCCAAGGCCGAGAUCAUCGCCAGCGAGCGCCUCGUCGCCGCCGCCCUCUUCCGCAACAUGUUUGGCCCCGCCGCCGAGCGCGCCCUCUCCGUCUUCGUCUCCCUCUCCGCCUUUGGCAACGUCCUCUCCGUCAUCUUCUCCCAGGGCCGUCUCGUCCAGGAGCUCGGCCGCGAGGGCGUCCUGCCCUUUGCUCGGUUCUGGGCCAGCAACCGGCCCUUCAAUGCGCCCCUCGCUGGGCUUUUCUGGCACUGGCUCAUCUGCGUCAUCACUAUUGUCGCGCCCCCGCCCGGCGACGCCUACAACUUUGUCCUCAACCUCAUCUCCUACCCGCUCGCCAUUGUCAACACUUUUGUCGCCAUUGGCCUUAUCUGGCUCUACCUCCACCGUCCCUCCAACGGCUGGAACCCCCCUGUCAAGGCCACCCUGCCCGUCGUCAUCUUCUUCCUCCUCAGCAACCUCUUCCUCGUCUGCGCCCCCUAUGCGCCCCCGGAAGACGGACAGAGCAUCUACAAGAGCAUGCCAUACUGGACACACAACGUCGUCACCUGGGGCGUAUUUGGGCUCGGCGGCGUCUACUGGGUCAUCUGGUCCAAGGUCCUGCCGCGGCUCGGCGGCUACAAGCUCGUGCGCGAGGCCCAGAUCGAUCCCAUUGACGGCUGGGAGAGGCAGGUCUUUGUGCACAGGCCUCUGCAUGAGACGUCCAGCACGGGCGGCGUCACGGAGGACUUGUAGGGGGAAACGCAUAGAGGAGGAGUCAAGGAGCAUUUUCAAGGCAAGCGAAAUGAUUUAACACACGAUACCACUUGAUAUAUCAAUUAAUGACAC